AUGGAUAAUGAGCAACAGUCAGUAAGUAGUGAUACCGAGUUGGAAAGUGGGACACAAAGUAAUGUUAGUGACGUAGUUCAGGAAGUACAAUGUGAGAAUCUGGGGGCAGAAGGACAAGAAAUGUUGCCAUUGCCACCCAGUGAUUCAGUUGAUAGCGGAAAUACUGUGCCAUCCGCAAGCACUGGACACGGACCAGAGAGUGGUGAGGUGUCAGAAGUGCAAUCAUUAAGAGUUAUGUUCGAGCGCAUGCUCAAUUUCCAAGCUGAAUUUGUACGUGUGCAAGCAGAGCGUGAUAGAGAACGUGAUGCUAAACAAGCAGAACGCGAUAGAGAACGUGAUGCUAAACAAGCAGAACGCGAUAGAGAACGUGAUGCUGAACAAGCAGAGCGUGACCAGAGAUUGGUAGCUGAAUUUGCCAAACAAGCAGAGCGCGAUAGAGAACGUGAUGCUAAACAAGCAGAGCGUGACCGACGCCUGCAUGAGAGGGACUUGCAGUUGAUGCAAACUUUAGAAGUUAUGCAAAGUGAGAUUGUUAGUUUGAAACAAAAAUAUGAAACCAUACCCAAAACGGUGCAAGAAUUAAGCGAAAGAGUAGAUAGUGUUCAAGUGGCUAACGCCAAUAUAGUAGAGGAAAUCAGUGUCCUGACUAAUAGGGUCGAACAACUAGAAAUUGACACAACUCAAGUAAUUGAGAACAAAGUGACCGAACAAGUGCACAAAGUAGAAAAUGAAGUCAUAAAAGAAAUAGAUCAGAAAGUGCACGCCGCAAUUGAGGCCAGAGAUGUGGGCUCAAGUGCGGAUGUGCAAGAUCUAAAAAGGAUAGUGCACAAAGACAUUCCGCUGUGGCAGCGGAGUGUGGACCGUCGUCUUGCCGAGUUGGAGCUUAGCUUGCGGCAUGACGAGGCACGGGCGUAUGUCACGCCAGCCAGGUCCAACAAUGAUAGGCAUAUAAAUACUGCAGUAAAAAAUUGCGACUGCGAGACAGAACAGGCAACCAAUUUUACUAUGGUUAGAUUGCGUAGUCAGAAAGAUAUCAACAUGGAUAAUGAGCAACAGUCAGUAAGUAGUGAUACCGAGUUGGAAAGUGGGACACAAAGUAAUGUUAGUGACGUAGUUCAGGAAGUACAAUGUGAGAAUCUGGGGGCAGAAGGACAAGAAAUGUUGCCAUUGCCACCCAGUGAUUCAGUUGAUAGCGGAAAUACUGUGCCAUCCGCAAGCACUGGACACGGACCAGAGAGUGGUGAGGUGUCAGAAGUGCAAUCAUUAAGAGUUAUGUUCGAGCGCAUGCUCAAUUUCCAAGCUGAAUUUGUACGUGUGCAAGCAGAGCGUGAUAGAGAACGUGAUGCUAAACAAGCAGAACGCGAUAGAGAACGUGAUGCUAAACAAGCAGAACGCGAUAGAGAACGUGAUGCUGAACAAGCAGAGCGUGACCAGAGAUUGGUAGCUGAAUUUGCCAAACAAGCAGAGCGCGAUAGAGAACGUGAUGCUAAACAAGCAGAGCGUGACCGACGCCUGCAUGAGAGGGACUUGCAGUUGAUGCAAACUUUAGAAGUUAUGCAAAGUGAGAUUGUUAGUUUGAAACAAAAAUAUGAAACCAUACCCAAAACGGUGCAAGAAUUAAGCGAAAGAGUAGAUAGUGUUCAAGUGGCUAACGCCAAUAUAGUAGAGGAAAUCAGUGUCCUGACUAAUAGGGUCGAACAACUAGAAAUUGACACAACUCAAGUAAUUGAGAACAAAGUGACCGAACAAGUGCACAAAGUAGAAAAUGAAGUCAUAAAAGAAAUAGAUCAGAAAGUGCACGCCGCAAUUGAGGCCAGAGAUGUGGGCUCAAGUGCGGAUGUGCAAGAUCUAAAAAGGAUAGUGCACAAAGACAUUCCGCUGUGGCAGCGGAGUGUGGACCGUCGUCUUGCCGAGUUGGAGCUUAGCUUGCGGCAUGACGAGGCACGGGCGUAUGUCACGCCAGCCAGGUCCAACAAUGAUAGGCAUAUAAAUACUGCAGUAAAAAAUUGCGACUGCGAGACAGAACAGGCAACCAAUGUUAUACAUUGUAUAUAA